AUGCAGAAAGAAUUUGAUGCAUUAGAAGCUAAUCAUACUUGGACAAUCACUUCUCUUCCUGCUGGUAAAAAGCCUAUCAAGAGCAAAUGGGUUUAUAAGGUCAAGUAUAGAGCAGAUGGCACAGUGGAACGUUGUAAAGCUAGACUUGUGGUGAGAGGCAACACGCAGCAGGCUGGGAUUGAUUAUACUGAAACUUUCUCACCGGUAGUUAAAAUGACAACUAUACGAAGCCUGAUUGCUACUGCUACUAAGAUGCAUUGGUCUUUACAUCAGUUAAAUGUAAACAAUGCAUUCUUACACGGAGAUCUUGAUGAAGAAAUUUAUAUGCAACCACCUGCUGGAAUGAUUCUUGAUGAUCCUUCUAAAGUCCUUAAACUUCAGAAAUCCUUGUAUGGUCUUAAGCAGACAUCUAGGCAAUGGUAUGAAAAUUUAUCUGAUGUUUUAAAAUCCAAAGGAUAUAUUCGAUCUUCUAAUGACCAUUCUUUGUUUUCUAAACAAAUGGGAGAUUCCAUUGUUCAUGUGGUUGUCUAUGUUGAUGACAUUUUGUUAACCGGAAAUGAUGAAACAGAAAUGCAAGCUCUCAAAUCUUUCCUCCAUUCUACUUUUCAAAUCAAAGAUCUUGGAUCUCUCAAUUAUUUUUUGGGCAUUGAAAUUUUAAAAGUUCCCAAUGGCAUCAUUAUGACUCAACGAAAACUUGCACAUGAUCUUCUUGAAGAAUUUAAAGAUUUUGAUUCUUCAGCAACUCUUUGUCCUUUACCUCCCAAUUUGCAGCUUUUACAGGAUACUGGUCCUUUAUUUCAUGAUCCUCUUCAGUAUCGGCGUUUAAUUGGCAAACUAAACUAUCUUACUCAUACACGGUCGGAUAUGGCUUUUGCUGUACAGUUCUUGAGCCAGUUUAUGAAGGAACCACAUAUACCUCAUUGGGAGGCUGCUUUACAUACUUUUCAUUAUGUUAAAGGCACUUAUACUCAAGGAAUAUUUUUUAAUAACUCACCGGAUUUUCAGGUAGAGGCUUUCUGUGAUUCAGACUGGGCUGCGUGUCCCAACACACGAAAAUCUGUCACUGGAUAUUUCAUUUUGUUUGGCGGAAGUCCUAUUUCAUGGAAGUCUAAGAAACAAGCCACUGUUUCUCUAAGUUUAGCAGAAGCCGAGUAUAGAUCGAUGAGACGAGUCACUGCUGAACUUACAUGGCUUACUAGAUUACUCCAUGAAUUUUCAGCUCCUUCAAUUCUUCCUAUUCCUUUGAAAUGUGACAGCCAGGCUGUCACGACCCCCGACCCCAUCUAG